AUGACCCCUAGUCUCCUCUUAACUCAAGGUUUAAAAAAGGUUCUGAGAGUUGAGGAUAAACAAUCUUUGGGGAGAGAGAUUUUUGAGCUUCUUGCAAGAGUUCAAAAUUCGGAGGAUACUCCUGCUGUCGUUGGGAGUCCCCAAACUGUGGAUCUUUCCUUAGGAAUCUCUAAAGAAUCUAGAAUUCUCCCAUCUUUGCUCCCACCAACUUCUGAGGGGCUCGACUCGUCUCAUCCAAAAGUGGAAGAAAAUGGUUCCCUUCUCAGGAAUUCUGUAUUGGCUACUACCACGAUGUUGAGCAUCUUGCCCAAAUUCGACAUUGCGAAAUCAGCUAACCUUAGUGCCAAUGAUAAGGCAGCCAAUGCCCACUACCGCAUCCUUUUCCUAAGGGAUGACAACGAUGCUUCUUUGUUUCAGAGAAUGACUAGGAAUUUGGCGGGGCAGUUAUUGACACUCUUUGAGUUCCCCAUUUCUAGGGACACCCUUCGAAUAGGGGAGGUCACAAAGAAGUGUUCUACCAAGGUCACAAGGGUCUCCAAUCUCUACCAAUUUGAAGCAUUGCCCUUCAGAGUGCUGGUUACAACCCAUAACUUUUUCAAAUUCGAGCUUGGCCUCGCCCCUACUAGUACUCCUGUUACCGCUUUUUCCCCAAUUACUGAGGACUUUGUAGGAGCCUCCAACCGCUGGAGUAGAGGAGGAGAUGAAGAUCUGCAGUUGGAGCUAGUCGUCAAGAAGGGACAGCUCUUUCGCUCUGAGGUCGAAAAGGACUACCUUGCCAAGGAGAAUAUACUGCUGAAGAAGCAGCUUAAGGAACUGAAGAAGGAAUUUAGGCCUUGA